AAGGCAUAACAUAUAAUAUAAUCAAAUAAAUAACUAUAGUUAAAAAAAUUAGAAUAGUGGCCAUCCCACAUUAGCGGUUUGGAGUCGGCUGCUACACACUGCUAUUUAGGGUUGAAUACUCAGGUUAAAUAGAUGGUCAAGCAAGGUGCAAUGAUAUUGGUUGAUUGAACUAAUAAUUUUGGGUAUGUCUGACAGCAAUUUGAUGUUUGUGCUAAAAUGGUAAUAAUGAUUUGAUGGCAUGAGCUUUGGGGCGUUCAUUACUGACUUCAUUUGCGACAAACAAACUUUCUAGAUUUAAUGUCUUAAAAGAGAUUAUUCUCUAGUUCCCCUUAACCUACAGAAAUUUCAAUUUCCCAAGCAAAUUAUCCUGCAUUAUCUCUUCAAUAUUUAUGCUCUAUCUUCUAUGUGGUCAGUGUAAAACCAUCUGGUGCUUUACAAGUGUUGAAUGUUUAUUUGGUUCCCCUUGUGCUUUCAACUCGUGGACACAAUGAGUCAUUUUAAUGGAAUAAAUUGCAAACUGGUGUCAGUCAUGAAGAUGAUACACGCAGAAGUGAUAUACAUCUUUUGGCAUCCAAAUCAUCUGAAAUGGCUAUUUCUGAUGAGAUCAGUCAUAAACUGAAAAGCAGUUUAGACAUGGUUUUGGUCAGACAAGAUGAAAAAGUAGAGAAAGCUGAUGAAAAUAGGUUUUCUGAUAUUGAGCUGCUGGUGAAAGGGAAAAAAUUCUCUAGAGAUGAAUUUGACCGAUUAGUGGCGGUAUUAAAUUCAAGGAUGACGGACGUUUCUAAUGUUGAACAAGGAAAGGAAAAUACAAAUUUGACUUCAAGGAAAGAUGAUGAGGGGCUUGCAAUGGCUCACAGACUUCCAAAAUUUUCAAAUGAACAAAGGCAUGAAGAAUCGACUGGAGCCAUAUGGGGGACCUCAACACCUCUUGGUCCAUCAAAAGUUCGGGAUGAAAUUGGUGCUUCACCAGUAGAGAUUGCUAGAGCAUAUAUGGGUUCCCGUGCGUUAGAAGCAGGUCCCAGUUCUAAGAGCAUGAUCCAUACAGCUGAAAGCACUGUGUUGCAUGGUGAUGAAGCUGCAAUAAAACCAUAUGAUCCAUCACCAUCAAAGAAGUCAUCAACAUGUUGGCCAGGUGCUGUGGUGCAGGAUGCUUACAUAACACCACAAAGUCAAAGGAACAGAUAUGGACUUCAUAACUUCCCCCGUACUCCUUAUUCCAGAACUCUUUUAACAAAGUCUAAGUCCAAGUUGAAUCAUAUGCAAGGAGAUAACAGCAACAUUUCAACAACUCCCCUCCUUCAAUCACAGAUUACUAUGUUUCCGCAGGAUAAAUCUAAAGUUGGAGCAUCAGAAAGUGGAAAUGGAUCUGUUGGACCUAUUCGUCGGACUAGGCAUAAGGUUGGUGCACAAUCUUCUUCAAGAAGACCAACUUAUUCAUCUCUGAAUCGCCCUACCCUGGGAGAAAGUUCUGAUGUUGAUGUUUUCACUCCUGUUGCAAAGAGCACGAAACCUGUUGAGACAAGCUGCACUCAUAAGCCACGGGGCUUUGAGGUGGGUGUUCCAACAGUACACAUGCAUACCAGUUUGAUGGCUAAGAAGAUAUUAGAUCAUAUUGAUAGAAACAUUCCCACACCUAAAGAGAAAUCUGCUGAGCUCAAGUUAGCAACAAAAUGGAAGAACCCUGAAUCAUCUAGUGGUUUCAGUACUAUAUUGUCAAAUGAAGAUAAUGGCUUGCUUAAAUUAAAUGAUGUUAGCCCUCAUAAAUAUGAUGGCUUUGAAGGAAAGAAAUUGACACCAUGGAAUGAAGGUAAAGGGAAAUACCAUGCUGAUAUGCAACCUAAAGAGAGUACCCAUAAAUCUCUGAAUGUCAGAAAAGAAGGAACUAUGGCAUCUGAUGCGAAUGUUUAUAGCAGCAUCCCUAGAUUUGGAAAUGUUAGUGCAAUACAACAUUUUGGCGGUUCUCAAAUAUUUUCUGCAAAGUCUUCUAAAGAGGAUGCUGUGAAAUCGACUCUCCCAAGUGGAGGCCAUCCGUUUGUGGUAAAUCAAGAAACAAAGCCUCUCACUAUCCCUGCAACCAGUAAACCAGUUUUGCCUCCUAUUUCAAUCAAGAAGCCUGAAUCUAGAUGGACAGUGGCAUCUGAUAAUGGUUCUGGAUUUACCUUUCCUGUUUCAGCAUCCUCUUCUGUAUUCUCUGAGCUACCAACACCAUCCAUCACACCACUGUUUUCUGCGGGGGAUCAGCAGCAAUUAAAAGAAAGAUCUACUGAACCUUUAUAUAGUUUUGGUUUGAAAAAGUCCAAUACGGCACUAGUUUUUUCCUUCCCUUCUACAAGCAAUACUGCUGUUCAGAAUGAUGCUGCAGAUCUAAAGUUUAACUUUGGUCUGACUGAGAAGCCAAGGUUAUCGUUCUCAUUUGAAAAGAAUGCUUUCAGCUGUUAAAUAAAAUGGCAAAACAAUAUUCAAAACCUUGUCCAACUUAUUUUGAUUCCCCCCUCCCCCCUAUUUCACUGUCAAUUUGUUGGAAUACUGAGAAAUUUUUGCUAUGUGAUGACUUAAUAUUUAAAGAGGAUUACUUUCAAAGGACA